UGGUGCUUCAACUUCCGGUAACGCGCAGUGACGUCGUUUGUGCGACGACUGACGUACGUAGCCGGUAGUGAGCCGCGUUUAGUUUUAUCCGGAUGCUAUUUGUUUUGGGGAAAAGUUAUCGCCCUUGAAUCAGGCUUAUUCACCGAAGACAUUUCUCACCUGUCUCUUGUGGCAGGUGUCGCCAUGUCGAAGCAGACCAUGGGAAAGACCUUGUUGAGGAAUGUAAUCCGCCACACAGAUGCUCACAACAAGAUCCAGGAGGAGGCGGAGAUGUGGAAAAUGCGAGACUGGGAGACGCAGUUGUCUUGCAGCAAACCUUUAUCAGACACUGACAGUAUGAGGGGGCGUAUGCACUGUGACCAAGAGAGAGAUCAAACUAGAGGCCUGAGUCACAGCAGACAGCAAGUCUCAGAACAUGAUGACAGAGAAGCUCGAUACUGGACCCGCAAACUGUAUGACUUUGAGGCCAAUGAUCCUGAUAGAUGGGGACACAGUGGCUUCAAGGAGCUUUAUCCUGAGGAGUUUGAGAGUGAUGAUGAAAAGAAAAGUCCCACCAAGAAGAUGGGGCACCAUAAAAAGUCUAGGUUUGCUAUGGAAGCCUGCUUAUCAAAACGCUCGAAAAAAUCUUCCAGAAAGAAGAAAAAGAAAAAGAAGAUGAAAGACGAGGAAAAAAAACGGAAGAAAGCUAAGUGCUCAAGCAGUGAUGACAGCAGCGACGACAGCAGCGCUGCCAAAGACAAGCACGAGAGAAAAAAGACCAAGAAUCGACAUAAAAACAAGAAAAUGGAUAAAAACCGAGUGAGAGAUGAGGACAGCGGCUCAGAGGGCAGAGAGGAGGAAGCACAAAAGGAGAGAAGGAGUCACAGACGCAAAAGGCGAAAAGCGGACUCCCACAGAGGCUCAGAGUCUGGGCCAGACUCAAAAAAGAAGAGGAGGAAAGACUGGAAGGCAGCGUGUGAAGAGAGCUCAAGUUUCACAGACUGAGAUGCAUGGACACGGACAAUCCCUCGGUUAAAGACCAUGGAAAAGUGCUGCAGACUCCUUUGUCAUUUUAACCGCGCAGAGGGUUCCUUUCCCCGCAGUGCUGUUCCGUAUUGUACUUUGUCAGACAUCAACAAACCUCUGCUGUCGACAUCCACCGUGGGCGUUCUGUGUAGCAGUAUUUCAUCACCUCUGCAGUGCUCGGAGCGCACGGUACAGCAGCACAGGCUGCAUGAAGAGGUAUGGUGGAGCACCCACCACCUGCCGUGUGAAGAAUUCUGUCAGCUGCAGGCUCAUUGAUUGAUCAUUGACUGCUGCCUCAGACUGUCGGCCUCCCUCGCUCUGAAAAGACCACUGACAACAACGACAACUAUAUCAAGUAUUCCUCCACUUUCGAAUGUAGGAGGCGGAUUUGAAUUUGCUCAUGUUUUUUAGUUUUGUAAACAUCGGUAUUUUUACACAGAACAUUGUCGCUUGUAAUAAAUAAACAUUAUUAGUUUUUAACUGAAUAA